UGGCUACAUACUGUACGAAGUACUGUAAAUAACAAAUAUUAUCCAUCUAGGGUUAACAUUUGUCAGGUUAGAUUGGAAACUUUACCAAACUUCUUCGACACCUUCUUCUCUCUUCGAGAGCUUGUAUUUUAAUACUCUCCACCCUUCCCGGCGAAUCUGCGGCAAACUUAUCCGAUCAGGUUAAAGGUUAUUAUGUUUAUUGGAUUCUUUCGGAGGAGACUGGAUUGCGAUCUUAAUACGUUUCUCUGCAUUGUUGUUUCUUCUGGUGGACUCCAAUUAAACUACCCCUUUGUUGGUAGUAGCUAUGCUACCUACUGGGGUGAAAGAUAACCCACACCGUGAGAACAACAGCCAAAAAGUCCAUCCUCAACCCAUGGAAGAGGCCAUGAAUCAGAAUCCAGAAGCUGUUGAAGCUUUGGUGUCCAAGAUAUUUUCAAACAUCUCCUCCUUAAAGUCAGCUUACAUCCAGCUCCAGUCUGCUCAUACUCCCUAUGACCCUGAUAAAAUCCAGGCUGCUGAUAAACUUGUAAUCUCAGAGUUAAAGAAUUUAUCUGAACUCAAGCAUUUUUACAGGGAAAACAACCCCAAACCAGUAUGUGCUUCUCCUCAGGACUCCCGCCUAGCUGCGGAGAUCCAAGAACAACAAAGCCUUCUGAAAACAUACGAGGUUAUGGUGAAGAAGUUCCAAUCUGAAAUCCAGAAUAAAGAUUCCGAGAUUGUUCAGUUGCAGCAGCUGAUUGAGGAGGCAAAUCAGAAGCGAGUGAAACUGGAAAAGAAUCUCAAGCUUAGAGGCUUGUCAACCAAAGAAUCAGAAGGUUCCGGAGAUGAAAAUGGAUUUUUUCCUGUGGAUCUAACUCCUGAUCUCUUCACAGCAACUGUUGAAGCUGCUUUCUUAGCUAUUCAUGAUUUUUCUAAACCAUUGAUCAACAUGAUGAAAGCAGCUGGAUGGGACCUUGAUGCUGCAGCUAAUUCUAUCGAACCCAAUGUCGUUUAUGCAAAGAGGGCUCAUAAGAAAUAUGCAUUUGAGUCUCAUAUAUGCCAAAAAAUGUUCAGUGGCUUUCAGCAGGAAAGCUUUGGCAUUAAAUCAGAUAAGCUUAUAGUUAACAAAGAGAGUUUCUUCCACCAGUUUCUUGCUCUAAAGGAGAUGGAUCCACUGGACACGCUGGGUCAAAACCCUGAUUCCAUUUUUGGGAAAUUUUGCAGGAGUAAGUACCAAGUGGUUGUUCACCCGAAGAUGGAAGCCUCAUUCUUUGGAAAUUUAGAUCAGCGGAAUUAUGUAAUGGGGGGUGGGCAUCCAAGGACUCCAUUUUACCAGGCCUUUCUGAAACUGGCCAAGUCAAUCUGGCUUUUGCACAGGCUGGCGUAUUCUUUUGAGCCUAAUGUUAAGAUUUUUCAGGUUAACCGAGGUACUGAGUUCUCAGAGGUUUACAUGGAAAGUGUAGUGAAGAAUUUGAUAAUGAAUGAAAAUGAUGAGAAGCCUAAGGUUGGGAUGAUGGUUAUGCCUGGUUUUUCGAUUGAAGGCAGUGUGAUUCAGAGCCGGGUUUAUCUGUCGGGCAUGAAAGUCGCCGAAUGAUUACCAGCUUUAUGCAAUCGUUGUUCCAAAUGUCUCUUUGCAGUGUGUUUAAUUACGUGUUGCUUAUCCUCGUUAUAUAUGUUGUCUUCUUGUUGUAAUAUCUGUAAUAGUUUUGCUGGUUGUUUGAGAUAGAAUGAAUCUUUCUUUAGCU